UCAGCACAAGACUAAUCUAUGAAACACGCUUCACGUGCUAUCCUUGGCGCGGAACCACAAGCACAUUUAGGUGUGGUGGCGAUACAUCCGAAAACAACAACUGUAUCGAGAGGGGCCUAAGGAAGGUUCUAGUGACAACAAUAGCGCCACUCGUCAAGGUCAAAAUACCCCCAUACCCCAUCGUAAAACCUAAAACAGCCGAAACUUCCAGUAUCAGAGAUAAGAUUGCUCAAAGACCAAGUACACCUCCACCUACUAGGAAGCCCUUAAAGCACUUUGUGCUUUCCUACGAAAGUGGCACCGAAGCUAGUGAAACGGUCUCAGUGAUCAGAGGUAAAAAGAAAAUAAUAACAACCUUAUCUUCACCAUCAUAUAAAAGUGAUGACGAGUCCACCAAAAAAACCAGAAUCGAAACCUCUUUUAUAUAUGAACCUGAAUUAGAAAGGGAACCGAAAGUUAUAUUACCCAGAAAAAAAACAAUUUUACACAGCAGCUCAACACAUGAGCCAACACAUAAAACCAAAUCAAGCAUACACUUUUACAUAAACCAACACGAGGAAACAUUUGAGUCAGAAGCACGUGCUGCGUCAGUAACAUCAGACGAAGAGACCAGAGGCCCAAACUCUCUGGUCUCUUUAAUCAAACAGCGUCACGUCUCUCGAAGAGAGAGACACCUGUUUGACAUAUGCCAAAGAAAAACAAUGGAAAACAGAACAUACACAAACAACACCAGACUUGAUAUACACAACAACUUAAAAUGCAACCGGGGUUCUCACUCAAGCGACACUAGUUCAGCAUAUAGCGGAAGCGAUACAAUGACUUCCUUGCAUAGUUCAGCCCUUGAUGGAGAUGAGGUUGACCUCAGUGGUUUGGUUGAAUCAAUUGUUGAUUCAGACGAGGAUGACUUGGUGGAAUCUAUGGAGAGUCUGAAUGUGCGUGAUGCUGUUCGUGAAUGCCUUGAGAAGGACCCAUCUGAACGCACCGAUGAAGACAUCGAAACAUUACUUGAAUUUACCCAAGGCCUGAAAGCCUUCACAAAUAUAACUCUAGCUGUCAGGCGAGCACUAUGUUCGGUUAUGGUAUUUGCAGUUGUGGACAAGGCUGGCACAAUUGUUAUGAGCGAUGGCGAGGAGUUGGAUUCGUGGAGUGUUUUAAUAAAUGGACAUGUGGAGAUCGACCAUGGCAAUGGCGAAAAAGAAGAACUUCAAAUGGGUGAUAGUUUUGGUAUUUUACCUACAAUGGACAAGCUUUACCAUCGCGGCAUAAUGAAAACUAAAUGCAAUGAUUGUCAAUUUGUUUGCAUAACCCAAACUGAUUAUUAUCGAAUUCAACAUCAAGGCGAAGAGAAUACUAAGCGCCAUGAAGAAGAUGGUAAAGUUGUAAUGGUAACGGAAAUGCGUCAAAUUGGCCCGGACACAAAUGUUGGUAGUGCUGCUUUGAAAAGAGGUCACGUUGUGAUACGUGGGACAAUCGAGCGACUGCUUUUGCAGUUGGUCGAAGAAAAUUCUAUGACAGAUCCAACUUAUGUUGAAGAUUUCUUGCUAACGCAUCGGACAUUCAUACGAAAUCCACAGGAAGUUGCAGGGAAACUGUUGUCCUGGUUCGAAAAUGAAGAAGCGGGUACAACAGCUUCGCCGCAAGAGAUACGUGAUAGAGUGACAAGGGUGGUAUUGCUUUGGGUGAAUAAUCAUUUUACAGAUUUCGAAACCGAUACAGAGAUGAUGGAAUUUUUGGAAACCUUCGAGAGUGGACUUGAGCAAAAGAAUUUGUUAAGCCAACUGAGAUUACUGCAUAUAGCGUGUGCGGCAAAGGCUAGAACUCGAACUGUUACACUUGCUCGAUCGUCUAGAGAUGAAAAUUUGAACUUUAGUUUUGUGGGUGGCUACGAACGCGGCGGAUAUGGCAUUUUCAUAUCAAAAGUUGAAAAGAAUUCAAAACCCGAUGAUGUUGGGCUUAAAAGGGGCGACCAAAUUUUGGAAGUGAAUGGACAAAGUUUUGAGCACGUGACCAAUGCACGUGCAAUGGAAAUUAUAAUGGGAUCCACACAUCUAAGUAUAACUGUAAAAAGCAAUUUGUUGUCCUUUAAGGAAAUGAUACAGUCACCUGAGAGCAAUUCACCGAGACCACGCUCGAAUCCACGUCGAAUUUGUGCAAUUGAUAUAGCAAAACUGCAGGGAAAUGCAGAUGCCCGCCCAACAAUUACACGUCUUUCAUCAGCAGACAUAUUAAGUCAUGAUCAAGUUGAUUGUUGUGCAUCAUCACCAUACCGUGAAAGGGAAUCGAGCACGAGUGGUGGUGGUUCGCUUGUAGGUGGAAUAGCCGGAACAGCUAGUCAUUUUGUAGCAGGUCUGCUGGGCAAUUCGAACAGUAGCAAAAAAGACAGUUCCACGAUAUCAGUGGCUUCGUCCAACAAUUCCACGUCGUCUUCUUCAUCAUCAAUGAGUGCUAGCACUGGGCACCAAAAAGGUGGUUUUAUGACACUUGGACCGAAACGUCGUUUGCAAAAAGCCUUAAUCAAAAUGAAUCUACUGCCAAAGCACACGGUAAAUUCAACGUCGAUAGAUGCAGGUGAUGUAGCCUUACUUCAUACAGAUGGGAUCGCUGGAAACCACCAAGAAGAUGGCCGAACCAAUUCUCUCACCAAUAAUGUUCAAUCUAACUAUAACACUGGUGGAAAUAUGUCGGGGAUGUAUCAUUCACGUAGUAAUCCCGACCUAACAUCAACAAUUUAUUACGAAGAUACUCGUCAAAUGGAAUACCCUGAGCAUGUUCUCAAAGUCUACAAAUCCGAUCAAACAUGCAAGUAUCUUUUGAUAAAUAAAGAAACAACCGCUCAUGAAGUUGUAAUGUUAGCUCUUCAAGAGUUCGGCAUUCACGAAACCAGUUCUAAUUUUUCACUUUGCGAAGUCUCGGUGGGUGAAGGUGGUAUGAUCAAGCAAAGACGACUACCGGAACAAUUGCAAAACCUUGCUGAACGAAUUGGUCUUUCAUCUCGGUAUUAUCUUAAAACAAAUGGUAUAACCGAAACCCUUGUGCCGGACGAGCUAGCAUUAGAUUUAGUUCGCGAGUCAACUGUACACUUUCUACAGUUGAAUGCAAACGAGGUAGCAAUACAAUUAACGUUCCAAGACUUUGCAAUAUUCCGCCAAAUUGAAAGUACAGAAUAUGUGGAUGAUUUAUUUGAGCUCAAGUCCAAGUAUGGUGUGCCAAUGCUGAAACAAUUCGCUGAGCUUGUCAAUCGUGAGAUGUUUUGGGUUGUAACUGAAGUUUGUAGCGAACAUAAUAUCGUGCGACGCAUGAAAAUUGUAAAACAAUUUAUAAAAAUUGCUCGACAUUGUAAGGAAUGUCGCAAUUUCAAUUCAAUGUUCGCUAUUGUUUCUGGUCUGGGUCAUGCAGCAGUCACACGAUUACGACAAACUUGGGAGAAACUUCCUUCGAAAUAUCAGAAAUUAUUUGCCGAUCUGCAAGAAUUAAUGGAUCCGUCGCGAAAUAUGUCGAAAUAUAGACAGUUGGUGUCGGCUGAAUUUUUGGCACAACAUCCAAUCAUUCCUUUCUAUCCGGUGGUGAAAAAAGAUUUAACAUUUAUUCAUCUGGGUAAUGAUACCCGAGUUGAGGGAUUGAUUAAUUUUGAAAAGCUUCGUAUGAUCGCAAAAGAAGUUCGUAUAUUGACACAUAUGUGCAGCUCAACAUAUGAUCUGCUAACAAUGCUCGAAUUUAAAGGGCAACCACCAAGUUCGGCUAUGGUUGCUCUUAAUCAGAUGUCAGUAUCGAGUGGGCCACAUCAUAUUCAUGGUGGUGCUGGCCAGGCUACUGUGAAACGAAGAAAAAAGUCAACAGCUGCCCCAAAUCCAAAGAAAAUGUUUGAAGAAGCACAAAUGGUUCGCCGGGUGAAGGCAUAUUUAAAUAAUAUGAAAGUCAUUACCGACGAAGAUGCUCUUCAUCGACUCUCCUUAGAGUGCGAACCAAGUGCGACAAGUAGUAGUGGAGGCGGUGCGGGUGGCAGUACUGGUGGUGGUGCCGGAGGCAGUAUUAGUGGAAGUUCGGCUCCAAAUUCCGUGUCUAUAAGAAAACGUCAUCCUUCACCCACAUUAUCCACAACCAGCAGCACAAGUUCAACCAGUGAAGGUCGAAAAGGUGGCCUGGGUCCCAAAUUUGGAACAGCAUCUCCUCAAGCUGUCAAAAAGAUUCUCUCAUUGUCAGAACCAACUAAAACACGACCUUAUCAACCAAGACACCCAGGAAUCAUGUUGCCAUUAGUCGGUCAUCCUCAUACAUUUCAUUAUGCUUUACACUCUUCUAUAAGUCCUUCUCCUUCGCCAGGAGCUCAUCGAAGAAUGGGAUCGGGUACUAGUGUUCCAGCACCCGGAAAUCGAGCUGUACAUGAACGAUCCCACUCGGAUACUCCAACACCCCUGCCAUCUGUGGAUUUGUCAGCGGAAAGCAGUAGUGUCACUUCUUUUGGCAAUCUACCGCUUAGAAAGACUAUAACAUCAGGUUCGGUAACAUCAAGCGACAGCGGUCACGGUUCUUAUGUUCAACCGGAUGUUCAUUUAAAUUAUAAUGAAAGCAGCACUAGCGGUCUUUAUCACUUAAAUGCUCAAUUAUCCUCAAAUGCAUCUACAUCACCAAAACUACAACAGCGUCGCCACUCGGCGAUACAUGCUCCAGGAUUUUAUUAUAAUACGAUGACAAUACCCUCAUCACCUACGAUGAUUCCGCCUUUGAAUCCCUUAGACCAUCAUCCGGCAAUAGUUGGUCGUAAGCCCCCAACAUCCCCAACACCACCUCCACCACAUCCAAAAGCAUCUCUUGAUGAAAGAAUGCUGGGUCUGAGUAUGCAGCAACAAUAUCAUCAUAGCCAACCACCACCCCUUCCGCCACCUUUGUUGCACAAUCAACAAAUAAAAAACAACAAUGCAGCAACAAUUGGCAUUUGUGUGGAUAACAAUAGCAUAAGCUUUGGACCAGCUGCAAUAAGAAAUUUACAAUAUCAUUCACUGCCACCUCCCCCUCCAUUGGCACAGCACUCGACACAACAACAACAACAGCAACAGGUCUUGCAACAACAUUUACAACAGCACCAACAACAACAACAACAACAGCAGCAGCUAAAUAGUCAAUAUCAUGCCCCGAGAAGUGUCGGACACGGUGUUCUAGCGUUACCAUCAAAAGGUCCUCGCUAUCCGCCAUCAUAUACGGUAGCUGCACACAUGGCCCGGUUACAUCGCCUUGGAAGGGCGCAUAGUUCCGAAAGAAUUGCAAACUCAAUGCAAAGUAGUGGCGGCAGUAAUAGUAAUAGCGGCAGUGCCGCUGGCAAUUACUAUCAAAAUGAACUGGGUGAUGACGACGAAGAAAGCGAUACCCAGGUUUCGGCCGUGUAAGGCCACAACACUUCCUACUAUCCCAGAAACUAUCUAAAUCAAACAACAUAUAAAAAAUAUAAUGUAAGUGUCGUAAAAAUAUAUGUAAAUUAAUUAUAAGUAUAUUUUAUGAAAAAAAAAAAAAAAAAAACCAAAUUUCGAGCAAACAAAAAUUGAAAAAAAAAAAAAACAGAUGAAUUAGUUUUGUUUGAAGAUAAUUUAUUUAAAUUACCAUUUAUGUAGCUAAAAGGGCCAAAGAUAAAGAUAUUUUCUUUGACUCUUUCAUUUUCCUUUUUUUUUCCGUCCCUUUAUGUCUGUGGAAAAAAAAAUGUU